GUCUGUUUUUAUCCUUAUGUCGCCUCUUUAGGUUUUAAAAAUGACUUUUAACUUUCGAAACGUCUCCCCUCCGCUCUGACUCUGGUUCUUCGCCGAGUUUCAGCCGAACAGCUGCUGUUUUUAUCCGUCAUUCGGCGGAGCGGGAAGUUUGAACGCUUGUGUUAGCAUGCGAGCUAACAGCUAGCUGGCUUUAAAUCAACUUUAUUGACAGUCAUGUUGUCUCAGCGCGGCUCCGGUUCUUUCUCCGGUCCCGGCAGUCCGGACCAGUCCGCCUGCGGCUCGGACACCGGGAGCGUUUUAAUCCGCUCCACCCGGCCUCUUCCCCGGGGACACGGAGCCGGACCCGGGUCCGUCCAGAUCACCAUCCAGAAGCUGCGGGAGCCUCCCCGGGUCCAGCCUCCUUUGAGCGGCCAGCAGCGGCAGAAGCUCCGACACCGGCCGGACACCGGUGCUCCGCCGCCGCCGGCAGCAGCAGACCCUGAGCCCGGUCACGACCUCCUGACGUCACGCUUCACAGCUGGAGGUCGAGGCAUCGUGUUGGCAGCUCUGAAACAACGCGCUCACAGCGCCCCCCACAGGAGGGAGGUCCGAGUCCAGCUGUUGCCCCUCCAGACAAACACAACAAGCUCUCAGGACGCUGCUGCUCCGAGUUCCCAGGAUGCAGCAGGUGUGUCGGGGAUCCACGAGGGGGUGGAGCUUCCCUCUGGUCGUCUUGGAGACGCCAGCAGUGCAGCAGCUUCUGCAGCUUCUGCAGCUGUUGCUGCUGCUGCAGCUCCACUCAUCAAGGCUCAGUCGGACAUGGAGGCUCGAGUGUCUCAGCUGGCAGACGGAGUUCAGAAGCUGCUGCAGGCCGACAGGGACGGCGAGGGAAGGGGUCGGAGCCUGAACCAGCAGACGCUGCUGCAGCUGGAGACGCUGCAGAACCAACAGCUGCAGCUGCAGAGUCAGCUGCUGGAGUCUGCCCUCAGGAUAGUGACAGGCCACGCCCCCCCGGCCUCUGACCUCACAGCCUCAGGUCGGCCCGCCCACCUGCAGGUCACACACCUGGAUGCUGCAGCAAACGGCCGGAGCUCCUCGGCAACCGCAGCCUCUUCUGCCGCCACUGCUGCCGUGGAAACCGUGCCAGUUGCCAUGGAAACGUGCCGCCGUGACCGAUGGCCAGAGCAAACCAGGGACGAGCGGUAUCUCCAACAUGCUCCAAGCGUUUCAACGGCUGACAGAAUUCUCCUGCAGUCUUCAGCCAAUCACAGCCAGGAGGCAGCGAGGAAAGCCAAUGAGGUGCUGAGGGAGAUGGGACGUCUGAAGGCUGAGAUGAAGAUGCUGCUGACGCAGCCAGAAGACUCUCUGAAAACUCUGACACCUGCACCGGAUCAUCACCAGAUCCAACAGAACCAGCAUCUGACCCAGCUACACCAGUCCCAACAAAACCAAUCCCAUCAAAACCAGUCCCAAACUAAGAAACUCCAGCAAAACCAGUCCCAGCUAUCCCAGUCCCUUCAAAAUCGAUCAAAACAAAACCAAUCCCAACAACAAUCCAAACAAUCCCUUUCUCAGUCCCAACAAAACCAGUCCCAGUCCCAUCUAAACCAGUCCCAACAAAGUAAAUCCAAAGAAAACCAGUCUCAGUCCCAGCUAUCCCAGUGCCAUCAAAACUUGUCUCAUCAAAACCAGUCCCAACAAACCAGUUCCCAAGACAACCCCUUCACUUAUAAACCUUCCCAUUUCCAACUAAACCAGUCUCAGGCCCAGAAAUCCCAGUCACAGCAAAAACAGUCAGAACAAAACCAGUCUCACAAUUCCCAAGGAAACCACGUCCUGUAUGAACCUCCUGAGUUCCGUCAGUCUCACCAGCACAUGUACCGACAAAACCAGUCCCAGUCCCAUCCCCUGUUCCAUCAAAUUCAGCCACAGCAACAUCAGACCCAUCAAACCCAGUCCCAGCAGUUCCAGUCUGUACUGGUCCAGAGGAAGCCUGUGGUUCCGUCCACAUUGGAGGAGGCUGGUCAGGUUCUCCGUCAGGUUCGCAGACAGAAGAAAGUUAUGGAGGAGAACCUGGAAGCACUGCUGAGAGCCAAAACUGGAGAAGUCCUGCACUGCCAGCUGGAAGCACUGGCUGCUAACAGAGACUGGACUGAGGAGGUUCGGAUCAAGAAGACGGUGGACGCCUGGAUCAACACUUUAACCAGAGACAUCCAGGCUGAGAUGUCCUCAGAGGAUGCCGCCCGAUGCAGAGCCGCAGACGCUGCUGUGACAUCACAGAGCUCCGCCCACCCAGGAAGGACGAAGCCACUGAGCGUGCCCAGAACAGCAGCGAGUAGGCCGGCAGCAGGGAGGGGAAGCAGAGGACGGACGUCUGGACACAGAACGCAGCAGCAGGGGGCGGAGCCUGACGCAACCCCAGGUAGACUGACGGACAGCGAGCAGGUGGACGGAGAGUCGUACCUGAACCGUCUGUACGGCAGAGCACCGUACGAAGGCCUGAGGCGAACCCUGAAGAAGAGUCCGUACCUUCGCCUCAACUCACCUGCCUCGCCGCUCGGCAAGAAGCCCCGCCCCCGACUGGUGGAGAGUGUCAGAGGCGUGAAGCUGAAGUCCUGCAAGACUCAGACCAGUCUGGCCCCGCCCCUCAACAUGGCUCCACCCCUCAACCUAUCACCUGUGCGACAUCACCAUGUCUUCAGCUCCUCCCACCUGACCUCAGGUGACCCCGCUGACCUCCCUGUGACCCCUGCAGACAGUCAGCCUGUUGCCGUGGCGAUCCCACUGGGUCGUCCGAGGAUUGACUCCUCCAGACGUCCACCGACGGUGACAUCACCGCCUGCCCCGCCCCCCAAGGCUGCUGUGGUCACCGCGGAUGACGGCUCACCUGAACAGCAACAGAAGCAGCAGCUGGAUGCAGACGAAGCUCCGCCUCCUCCUCUUCCUCCGUCACACACCAUCAACAUCAUUGAGAGGAAGAGCGACGAAGAAGAAGAAGAAGAAGAAGAAGAGGAGGAGAACGUCUUCCCUGGAACAGACUUCCUCUCUGUUGCUGAUGUUGUUCAGGAGCCGAGUGUGGAGGCUGAGGAGGAGGUUCUGUUGGAUGGAGGUCCGUCUCCUCCUCCGGUCCUCUACCAGGGUCCGGCCUUCCCUCCCCAGGCUCGCUCCGCCCUCCCUGCCCAGGAUCAGGUGUCCGUCCCGGGCAUCGAGCAGCAGCGUGACGCCCUGGAGACCCGGCUGGUGGAAUGGGUGGAACAGCAGCUGAUGUCCAGGAUCAUCGCUGAUAUGUACCGCCCCCUGCCGCCUGACCCCGCCCACAACCAGCACACAGACCAAUCCGAGCUCGAGGAGCGCAGCGUCACUUCUGACAUCGUGGAGGCAGCAGGAGGUGGAGGUCUGCAGCUGUUUGUCGACUCCAACACGCCGGUGGAUUCAGAGUUAAUCAGGCAGCUGGUUAACGAGGUUCUGACUGAGACUGUUGCACUGAUGCUGGGUCAGAGAGACACGCUGGAUACUGGACCAGAACCAGAACCAGGACCUGCAGCACCUCAGCAGGACAAACUGGUUCCACUGGUGCCCACACCAGUACCGACUCCACCGCCCAGUCCGACCAAGCCCAGCAGAGACACUGCACUUGUGACCACGCCCCCUCCGUCAGAACCAACCAGCCCGCUGAGCGAGGAGCCUCCUCAGCCAAUCACAACACCGGAGCCAGUGGCCACGCCCACUCCCAGCCCAGAGCCCGCCCCCUCUGCAGGAAGCCCACCUGCUGUUGAGGCCCCGCCCUCUCUCACCUGGGGAGACGCUGAGCUGCCAUUGGACGAGGAGAGACCAGAGGAACACCUGGACACACACAAGCAGCAGCUGUACGAACGCACACACGUGUUCACUGAAACUUCAACAUAUUAUCAGACAUUAAGACUUUCUCCUCCUGCAGGCUGA